CUUUUUAGUUGGUUGCUGAUAAAAAUAUAGAUGGGAAAACCUGUCUUCAUGCUGCAGUUGAUGGAGGAUUUGCAGAAGUGGCAAAAAUAUGUUUAAUGAGAGGUGCAGAUGUAAAUGGUGUUGAAUCAGACCGUUCCAUGCCUCUCCAUCGAGCUGCAAUGUCUGGAAAUAUGGAAUGUGUGAAACUGCUGGUUGAUAACAGUGCUAGAAUUGAUGCCUAUGAUGAGGAGCAAUCCACACCACUACAUAAAGCUGCAUUAUAUAAUCAUUAUAAUGUAGUUGACUACCUCAUAAAAUGUGGUGCCCGUGUUAACAAGAGAGAUAGUGACAGUUACACUCCACUACUGUUAGCAGCACUUCGUGGCCACAGUGAGACCAUUGAGAUAUUGAUGAAUGCUUCUGCGGAUCCUUUAGCAGUGGAUAAAUAUGAAAAAACAGCUAUUUACUUGGCCUCAGAAGAAAACAAAACACUAGUUCUCAAGAAACUUUUGGAAUAUCCUGGAAUGAAAGAUCAAGUUCAUGCAAAUGACCAAUAUGGUAAUCGACCUUUACAUGUGGCAGCAAAGGAAGGAUUCACAGAAAUUGUGAUGAUUCUUUUAAGUCAUGGAGCUGAUAUUAUGGCCACGAAUGACGACGAAGAAACACCAAUACAUUUAGCUUCAAAAUUUGGACGAACUAACGUUGUUCGUGCACUUGUUAAAGCUGAUAAAUCUGUAGUGAAAUCAGAAGAUGAAGAUUCCAAUACACCUUUGCAUAUUGCUGCCCUUCACGGACAUGACAAAGUUGGAGAAAUUCUUAUAAACUUUGGAGCUGAUGUCGGUGCAGUUAACAACAAUAUGUGGACACCGUUGGAUUGUGCAGCUGCUAAUGGAUGGACUCAUAUGGCAAUGAUUCUUUUAGAUUCUGAUAGUUUAGUGGACCCUGCAGAUAAAUCUAAGACAACUCCCCUCCAUCUUGCUUGCCGUAAUGGACAUCUACGAAUGGUACGGCUCUUACUGCAGAGAAAUGCUAGUGUAAGUCAAAGGGAUUCAGAUGGAAAUAAUUGUCUUGAUUUGGCAAUUGAUAAUAAUAACAAUGAUGUUGCUAUGCUAAUUGUCAGUGAUGACAGGUGGGAAGAGGCAAUGCAAAACGAGACACUUGAUUUUAAAAAAGGCUAUCGUCAAACACCAAUGAGAAAAUUAAUUAGAAAAAUGCCAGAAGUUGCAGAGAAAGUCCUUAACCAAUGUCUUUCUACUUCUGGUAGUCCAGACAAACCUGAUUAUUCUAUAACCUUCACCUAUAAAUACUUGGACGACACCUACACAGAUUGGAAGGUUGCUAGGAACAGUGAUGUAGCCUCAUCUUCAGGUUUAAGUUAUGAUGAUGACUUUAAAGUGACACCGGAUGCACUUCCUUACACCACAAACAUGACCAUGUUGAAAAAGAACCAUCCUUUAAACAUUAUGGCUGAGAACAACCAAGAAAUCUUACUCUCUCAUCCUGUUGUAAAACAACUCCUGAGUUAUAAAUGGUCUUCAUUCGGAGCACCCCUCUACUAUGUGAAUCUCUUUAUUUAUUUGAUCUUUCUCACCUGUUUUACUGGUUACAUUUUGGAAGCAAAACCUCCUGUUCCUAAUGCUGUCUACUAUAAUGAAACACACAGCUGUUUCAAUGUUCAGGUGAACGACGGAUUCUUUAUUAGUUACGGCAAAUAUGUGGUCAUUGUUCUUGGAGUCCUGAUGUUAUUACGAGAGAUCUUCCAGUUAGUUCAAGCUGGACUUGGCUAUUUAACCUAUGUAAAUCUCCUAGAUUGGCUCACCUACCUCUUUGCUAUUCUUUUUGUGCUUGGCUUUAGUCAAUGUCAACAGCAAGUACUUUACAUUGAGGAGUGGCAAUGGAAUCUUGGAUCAAUAGGAAUAUUUCUAGCAUGGAUUGAUUUGGUGCUCUACGUACAGAAAGUACCUCGUUUUGGCAUCUAUGUUGUUAUGUUUACUGACAUCCUAUACACAUUUAUACAGUUUGCUGUUGUCUUCUCUCUCUUCAUUGUUGCAUUUGCAUUUGGGUUUUUUGCCUUAUUGCGUCAACGAAUAAAUAAGUCACAAGCUGUUGAAUUUGAGCAAUUUAGCAAUAUUGGAAAAUCAUUGAUGAAAACCUUUGUUAUGAUGAUUGGAGAACUGGAAUUUGAUGAUAUUUUUUUCAGUCCUGAUGAUUCCUUACAAUUUACUAUAACAACAUACCUCAUGUUUUUAGUAUUCUUGAUUCUUGGAUCGAUUAUUAUUAUGAACUUACUGGUUGGUUUGGCUGUAGAUGAUAUUAAAGAAGUACAAAAUAAAGCAACUCUGAAACGUAGAGCCAUGCAGGUGGAUUUGGUACUAGACCUUGAGAAAAUAAUGCCUUUCUCUUUCCAUAAGAGAAAAAUUAUCAAAUGUCAAACAUUGUAUCCUAAUGCUGUACAAAGUAACCAAAUUGCUCGCCUGUUUCGUAUAACCGCAUCUUAUUCUGAAGAUAUCAACCAAGUUUUAAAUCCUGAGCAGGAUGAGUUACGACGUAUCCAAACAAAUCAAACCAACUUAAAGCAUAAGGUUAACAGGUUAAAUGAUAAUGUGGAAGAGAUGAAAGUCCAAAUGACAAGAGUGGAGAGUAUGUUAAAAGCCGUAAUCAAAAACCAGAAAAUAGAAUGGGAAGAAGAAGAUUACCAGGAAGACUAAUACUUCAGGAAUGUUUACAAGUAGUGCUACACUUAUUUCUUUGUAAAAGAUCUGUCGAAAUCAGAGGAAUCUACUGUUUAUAUUUUGGCCCCUAUUAAAAACUUAUACCCCCCUUUUUUUUUUCAUCCAUAUUUUUGCAAAAUAUUUUACUGACAAAGUUUUGAUAUUAUUGCCCACAUGGUUUUACAUUGGUUACAACAUGGAGCAAAUAGUUAGCAUUAUUUUUUGGAUUAGAUAUAUUCUUCCAUGAAAACAAUCUUAUACAUCAUCAUCAUUGUCGUCACCAUUAUCAUCACUGUCAUCAAUAUCAUUCUCAUUGCCACUAUCAUCAUCACUUUAUAUAUCUGCUUUCCAUGCUGGCAUGGGUUGGACAGAUUGAUAGGAUCUGGUUGAUGGGUCAGUGGGCCACAUCUUUCUCCAUUUUAGUUUCAGCAUGGUUUCUACAGCUGGAUGCCCCAAUAUCAACCGCUUUAUAGAAUGUACUGGUGCUAAUUUUUUCAUGGCACCCGCAUCAUAGGAAUUACUUUAUCCUCAGCAAAACUAAAGAGUUGUCUUAGUGCAGCAUUGUCUCUGCUUGACUUUACAGAAGGUACCAGGUGUCUUUUUCAUGUGGCACUGGCACUUGUGAGCUCACCUCACCAGACUAAAGAACCACUACGUUUGAAAGGAGGAAUAGGAGUGAGAGAGAGAGGGAUAGGAGUGAGAGAGAGAGGGAUAGGAGUGAGAGAGAGAGGGAUAGGAGCGAUGGUUUUAGUGAGAGAGGAUUAAGAGUUGAGAGAAGCAUGAUGGAAACAAUGGAUUUGUGAAAGGGCUGUAAUGGAGAGAGUAACAAAGGAGACAGCAUCAGAAAAGGGUGACGUGAAGGAUUAGUGGAAAAGGGAGUGAGGGAGGGACACACAUAGAGUGGUGAGGAUGAUGGGGUCUGUUGAGUUGGUGGUGGGGUAUACAGUGCUAUCCCACAUUAUAAAGGUAAAUAUGGGUGGGGUAGAUGGAGGCUGUGGAAAAGGAAAGGGACAUAAAAAUAAGGAUGAUGAAGAAAUAGAGAAACUGUGGAGGGAGUGUCAACAAAUGAAAGAGGAAUAGAAAUGUCGUUGAGGUGAGCCAGAGAGAGAGGGAGAUGUGUUGGCGUUGAGGUAAUGGGGAAGCUUUGGGCAAAGGGUCUGUGAGAGAAAGAAAAGUAGGGGUGGAGGAGUAGUGAGAGUAGAAGGAGAGCAGAGAAUAGAUGCAGUGAGAGCAUCCCAGCUGCCAUCGUUACUUGCUUUAGAGUUCUCACUGCCAUGCUUGCACAAAAGUGCAGGUUUUCUCCAGCACUGCCUAUUGCCAUUUUUUACAAUUCCUGGUCAAUCUUUGAGAUUAUCCAUCUGUACCACGUGCUUAUACCAACUCUGUCUUCUCUUUUGCAUCCUUCAUCAAAUUCCUCUUAGACAUAACUUUUCUCUCAGGUUCUUUCUACUCAUCAUUCAUGCACACUAACAUUACACAUCCAGAGAAGCUUGCUUGCUUCCUUUCUUUCUAUAGUCUUGUCAAAUUCUCUGCAUUCAAAGAGGCCCUUGUCUCACUACCAUAUAGCAUCAUAUUUUCCACAUAAGUAUCAUACAAUCUGCUCUUCACUUUAAGUGGGAGGCUCUUUGUUGCUAAGCAGGGGUAGUUAGUUGCUAAUUUUCUUUAUAAACUAACAUGAAAUCAGUUUUUAUUGCUCUACUGUUAGAUUUAAUCUAAAGAAUCUCAAGUCUUUUUGUUAUAUUCCUAACAAUAUUAUAUUUCCUACGUUAAAUGGCUAAUGUUUUGUUCAGUAGCCAAGAGAAAUCAUUGUUAUAAAUAUGAAUAAUAACCUAUAAUAAAGAAACAAAACCAUUAGGUUCUUUUAUAUUUCAUAGCUUUAACUAUAAUGUUAAUAUCUUCUGAGCAGCUGAGCUCAACAGCAGUUUGUAACUGUUGUUUCCUGUCUAUGAGGAAUAAUAUCAAGUAUUUUGUAUUGUCUUGAAUUAAUGUUUUUUUUUUCUUUGAUAUCUGAUAAUAUUAUGCAUUUUUCAAGGGGUGCAUUCCCUGCUUAUUGAAACCUUUGUAUUUUUAUCAGAUCAAAAUUUUUUCUGCAAUUAAUAUUGUAUAUCAUUUUUGCUCAAAACCCUCCAUAGCAAGAUUACACUUCAUGAACAUUUUAGUUUUAACUGCUGAUCAUUUAGAUAGUAUCUCGUUUACUCAUGUGGUUCAACCUGACAUUGUUUUUUUUUUAUCAUAUCACUGUAUCACCACGGCUCCCUAUUUUAUUUGCUAUUUGAUAAUCAUCAUCUGUUCUGGGAUAACAAUGGUAUAUACUAAUAUAUGUUAAAGGCUCUGUAUGUGUGUGUAUUUAUAUAUAUCUUCAUAGUUGAUUAAUGUCCACUUUCCUAUGCUUGCAUGGGUCAAACCGAAUUCUUUACAUGCUUUCAACUAAGGUAAUAUUUUCCCUUGGUCAGACAUGUUUUCACAGAAGAUUGGAAGUGAAUGAUACUGCUGAUGCUCAAUUACAGCAAUAACAUGGUGUCAAGACAAGGAAACACACACACACACACACACACACACACUCUCUCUCUCUCUCUCUCUCUCUCUCUCUCUCUCUCUCCCUCUCUCUCUCUCUUACAUGUAUUAGUGGAUUCUUUCAAUUUCUGUCUAGCAAAUCAAUUGGUUGCCCUGGGGUUAUGAUUGAAGACAUUUGCCAUGCAGAAGCAAUUGUCUUCUGUUAUAGCCCUGAAGAAGGACUGAACUCAAAAACCACGAGAUUGGGAAACAAACUUCUUAACCACACAGCCAUAUCUGCUUCCACUUUGGAAUCCUGACAAACAGCAUCUCAGUAGCAAUUACAGUUUAUAAAAGAAUAAAACUGAUAGUUAAUGUCCACCCCACCCGCCUUUCCUCACUCUUUCUUUCAUUACAACAGCAUCUAGCCACACCUUCACAAUUCAGAUACCUAAGCAGCACCAUUUCCAAUGGCUGCACACUGAAAAAGGAGAUUCGAAAUUGCUACAAGAUAGGCCUCUGUAUCUCUUUGAAAAUUCAGAUUCUUUCUAAACAAUCAUCUCAGCCUUUAUAAACAGGGUUCUCAGUCUGAGCUAGGUGUAAGACAUGGACAAUAUACAGCCAGUAUGUUAAGACCUUGGAAGCUUUUGUUUUCUGAAGAUCCUUUCACCUGACAAGAUAGAAUUACGUGCAGAAGUCCCUCAUUAAAUAAUCACAAGAAAUAGUAAAUUUGCAUUGUACAGACAUCGACUGAAAUGGCUCAGACAUGUUGUGUGCAUGUGUGACCCACAUUCUCUUCGUGAGAUCUUCACAUCCACUUACAUCCUGGUGUCAACACUUGACUGAGAACCACUUUGAAGAGAAGUAUUAUUAACUCUUUAAGAAUGGAAGGUAUCAAUCACUAUCUGUCAUAGAGUUUGAUGGUGUCACUGUAGAAGUUAUGACAGAGAAACGCAUUCAUCACUAAAGUGAGAAGAACUUGUAUGCAAAGUGACACCUGGCUUCCUCUAGUCAAAUAUUUACAUGUUCUUACUGUGACCAAUGCUGCAGAUUAUGGAUUGGAAUGUCUUCAGAAGAUUCAGUAGUGAAGAUGACCAUCAUCAGAUUUGAUUGACAUCCAUAAGCAAGCAAAGCAUGCACACACACACACACACACACACACACACGUGUGUGAUCUGUCUGUCUGUCUGUCUGUCUGUCUGUCUGUCUGCCUGCCUUUCUGUCUGUCUGUGUCUGUCUCUCUCUCUCUGCACACACACUCAUUAUUUUCCUUCUUCAAUUUGAAAAUUUUCUGCAUUCACUGCCAAUACAUUAUCCAACAUUUUACUCCCUUCAAAUACAGAGAAAAGCUUCCUGAUGUCUGUGGCUCUUCUCUAAACUAAUUCCAUCCACUUCAAAAUCCUCUGUCCACCAUUCUAUCAUUGAAUGUCACCAUCUCCAUUAUUUACACCAUAUGCAACACAGUACAUAUUUACAAUUUACAUUCACCAAUCUCUAACCAGCAAAUUAUGUACAAUGUCGUAUGUGCCUGUCAGUUUGAGAGUCAUUUCAGUUCACUUAAUGUAUGUCUAUUGCUUCUAAUGAUUAUGAAGAACUGAAGUUCCUUCUUUCUUUUUCUCCGGAAGAAAUACAGUUGAGCUCUGCAGAUUGUUUUCCUGCUGGACGUUUCAAAAAAAAUUUGAUGUAACUGAAUAACAGACUAACAGUAACCAUAAAUUCUACAACUGGAUAGAUUUGAAUCUAAUGCUAUAAAUUCCAAGACUGUUGAAGAUCCAUUCAUUUCAAGUUUGGUUCUCCAUAUGACUAAAAUUUGAAUAGCACUAAACUGGUAAUGGCAGCAUUUUGAAGUUAAUUAACCAUAUUUUAAUUAAGUUGUCAUAAAUGGUUAUAUACUUCAGCACAGAAUAUUUCCAUCCAAAUUUACUUUUGUGCCUUUCUGAAACCUAUCAUUGCUUUUCUCUCAUUUCCUCUCAUGACUACUUUUUUCUAUAUAUGUAUGUAGAUUUUACUAUAAUAUAUAUUUCAUUCUCAGGAACAACUAAGGAAAUACACAAUAAAUCUCUCACAAAGCCUUGUACUGAUGGGAAGUACUGACCCAUACAGGCUUCAAAGGUCAUUUCUUUUCCAAACUAAGUUGAUGGAUGGAUUUGGCAGCACUUCAAGUGACUAUGCAGCCCUUUUCCAAGAAUAGCAUGCCCACUUGUUAUUCAGGAGGGUCUUAGGUCUAAACAAAGCUUUCCCAAUCUUGGAACUGGCCAGGAACAUUGUGCUUGGUGUCCUCUCUUUAUGAGACAGUAACAUUCAGGAAAUUUACAACUUAAAGCACAUGAGUUGACAUUCACAAUGUAUAUCUAUGUUUCUGUGUAUACAUGCAUAUGCAUGUGUAUGUAAACAUGUAUAUAUAUAUAUAUAUAUAUAUAUAUAUAUAUAUAUAUAUAUAUAUAUAUCUGUAUGUCUGUUUGUGUAUGUAUGUAUGUAUGUAUCCAUAUGUAUGUAUGUAUGCAUGUGUGUGUAUGCACAUAUAUCUGCUUGUGUGUGUACAUAUAUUUGUGUGUGUGUGUGUAUAUACCGAUGGCCAGAUAACUGAAGAGAUGGUGGCAUGGGUUUCUGUCCCGACAUCCGAAACUCGGAGUUUUAUCAUGGCUACCGAAUAAUUGUCACAUAUUAUUUACAGAUAAAUUCCUCUAUUUGCCUAAUAUCGAGGUCUCUUUCUUUCUUUUGUUGUCUUACCUUUUCUAUCAAUACAUAUACA